AUGUUGUGCUUCUCCAUAAAUUGCACGGGUGAACAAGGAUGGGAUUCCAUUGGCGUUGGCAGCACAGUCGAUAACAAGAGUCUCAAACUCGGCCCGCCCCCCUUUAUUAUUAACAUUUUCUUUUACUACCAGGACGUCACCACUAGGCUAUAUCAUCUACCUCGAAUCGGCAACAGCGAAGCUUCGGCAACAGCUGGCGAGGCGUCCCUCCAAAAUAAGCAGCUAGCUGUGCUGAAUAGUCUCCCUGGUGCUUCGCCUGUGGCUCACCCUGCUGGUAAUGCCAUUCGACGACUUCGCCAGCUGUUUACACUAAUAACCAAGCACGCCACCGGCAAGGAAUCGACAUCGUCGGUCGCCAAUGAGGUGGUCGCGGCGUACAGCCUUGGGCCCGAGGCAACUUUAACCGUUUUUUUACAAAUUGCAUGCAUAUGCUUCAUUUCAGCCUCUUCAUCUGCGGAAGCUAUUCGCUGGCAUCGCCUGCAGCCUCUCUCCGGCGGGCAUCGAAUCAGGCUUGGUCGGGCAGCUGGGGAAGCUGCUAGGCUAGCUGCAUCGAACGGAUACGCCGACUUGGCAGCUCAUCCUUCCAUAUGCAAGGUUCGCAUCGAACAAGCCGCGGUCUUGGAUCAUGAUGGGGCCGAGGCACAGAUUUCUCUUGUCUCAGGUGGCAUCGAAGACAGCACUGGGGUCCCCCGGGUACUGUAUCUUUGCAUCAUUAUCAGCGCUCACAAAUCGUUCAUGUCACAUCCCAAUCUCGUUACACUUCAAGGUGGGCGCAAAUGGCGUGGUCAGAAAAAAGCGCGGGCCAAUUUCAACGGUCCAAAUCUCGGCGCCAUGGAGAAGAGCCCUGUCAAGUCAGCGAAAAAGCCGUAA